GUAACGUGUCCGCCCGUCCGCCGCUCUUUUAUGCUCUCCAACCCGCCUCUGUUUUGUUUCUAGAAUAGUUGGAUCCACCAUGGCGAUGCAUGCGAAGGCGACUCCACCGCAGAUCCCCGACACCCGCCGGGAGCUCGCCGAGCUGGUGAAGAGGAAACAAGAACUCGCUGAAACGUUGGUAAACUUGGAAAGACAAAUAUAUGCAUUUGAAGGCAGCUACCUAGAAGACACCCAGAUGUAUGGCAAUAUUAUCAGAGGAUGGGAUCGAUACCUCACCAACCAAAAGAACUCCAACAGUAAGACUGAUAGAAGGAAUAGGAAAUUCAAGGAAGCAGAGCGUUUAUUCAGCAAGUCCUCCGUAACAUCAGUUGCAGCAGUAUGUGCACUCGGUGGGAUACCAGAUCACAUGAAUGAAAAACGUGAGGCAGGCAGCGGCACAGAAAGCGACGCCUCGCCAGAUCUCCAGAACCAAGAGAACGAACCCAGCCAGGAGGACACGGAAGAUGUGGACUCAACGCUGCAGGACCUAAAGCCUCAGAAAGCUGCCUCCUCUUCCUCCUCAGGAAGCCAUCACGGGAGCCACAAGAAGAGAAAGAACAAAAACAGACACAGAUUUGACAUGAAGGUUAACAAGAAACCGAGAGCUGAUUAUUCGACUUAACGAAGACGACUGGAACGCCUGGACGCAUGAGGAAACCUGUAGAGAAACACAAGAUAUCUGGACUUUAUGAACUUUGUUUUGCCUUUUUUUGUCCUACGGUUGUCAUAUUUCAGCCUGUACUGUGUGUAUUGCUUGAAACAUUCCCCCCCGGACACCUACCUUUGGUCACAGUUAGGAUUUUGACCCACCAAGUCAGUAGAAACUGGUGUUGCAUGUUACUAGAGGCCUGAUGAGGCCCACCUCCAGUAACACACCAUCUUGUACAGUGUUUAAAAAGAUUGUAUUUAUUAUGUAGUUCAUUUCCCAUUGUGAGAUUUUUUUUUUUAACGUCACAUAGUCCUAUAAUCCCUGAAUACCCUGGAUUCUUUUAUUACAUGAUUGUUUUGCAAAAAAUAAUAAAAUACAAGUAACAUGAA